GUAGUGUUCAGUUGCUUGAUUCCAGGCUGUGGGGAAGCUAAAGUGGCACGUUUGUUGGGACUUGCCAAAGUGCUUCCAAGAGUUCCCAACUGAUGAGUACCCUCGUCCUUUCCUCAGUGAUAUGCGGGUUGAAUGUCUGGAGGAAAUAGCAAAGUGCUUGACUGGCACUAGGUCUCUGGACACUCUCUGCCAAUAUAUGGAUCAGGAGUGAACGGGACCAAUUGGAGUAGUCGCUCCAAGGGGGCAGGUGGAGAUUGUUGCCUUAGCUAGAAAUAGGGGUUGGGAGUGUUUGAUACCUAUUAGCCUACGGCCACUGAGUUCCUGAGCAGCCCUCAUUCAUUGGAGGGUACUUGGCUUUGGAAGACUCAGUCCCAGGGACCAAGCAGGUUUGCUAGAGGUGGUUCAUGAACCUGGGGCACAAGAGCUCCCUGCAGUAGCCAGUAAGCCAGAGGAGGAACCAGAGGCUAUGGAUGAGCCUUUCACUAGGGUUUGCAUUCACUUUGUUUAAGAGUAGACUUCUGAAGUUAUCAUUGACACAAAUUUGGUCUUCACUCAAUUGGUCUAUCAAGUACUCGUUUGAAAUUCACUUCACAUUAGUGGAUAAUGCAGUUGGUUCCUAAUAGUGUCAAUACUGACUCGUAUUGUUCUGGAGAAUGGUCUCGAAGGAUGGGUCUACCCAUGAGUAUUAGAUCUGGUGUAUUGGAACGCAGAUCAUGGAUCCCUGCAUCCAGCAUAUCUUUGGAAUAUGAAAUAUCAAUUAUAUCUAAGAAUACCUCUAUACAGAAGCUAUGAAUUUAUAUGUUCAAAUGGUGUUGGAUGUAUUCACACAGAGACUAAUACCCACUUUUUAAGCCUAUUUAUCCUUUAUUUGAAUUCCAAAAUUGUCUGAUAGUCCGAUUGAUAUUUUUUUCAGUUCCGAUGUCUGUGUGACAGAGAAGAUUGUGAAAUUACAGAAGAGGCAGAUGAAGAUUACUUUUGUCCGAGAUUUGUUCGAGGUUUUAACAUUUGCAUCUUCACCGUUUUUUGUUUUGUCAGGCUGUGCAUUUAACACUCUCACAUUAUUCCAGGAGGCGAGGAGCUAUUUCAUAUUUCUGUCUUCUGACUGGUGUGAUAUUUGCGUUUCUGUGAAUCUACUUAUCGAAAUCAUGGCACUAAGAUAUCGUCAGUCAUACUCUGAAAGGGGCAUUUUACAUAAUGAUUUUAUUUACCCAGCUCAUGAAAGAGUAAGAGAAGCCACAUUAUUAGGCUACCUAGUGCACCCCUACUACUUGGUUACGACUGAUUACGAAGUUUCGAGGAGUGAGUUUGAAAUAACUGUCGACGGGCAGUAUGACAUUGCAUUUGACCAGAAUGAUUGGAGGUGGAUUAUGUGCCUUCAGUAUUAUAUCCUCCGUUCGACGUUUCUUACCCAUGAGUGGAUAAUGGAGCACAUUCCGAAUGUCGAAAGAACUCGUGAUGUGCCGGCGUAUGGUGCGCAGAGAUGGCACCGCCCAAUAGUCAGGGAUCUGCAGCACUGGCACCCUGAUGAUGAGAUACCUGCACCUAGGAGGUCCAAAUACAAGAUUAAGACGUCAUCCAAUGACAAUAGACCUCCAUGAACCAUGGACGGUAAUUACCCACCGGGUUUCUACUGCCCAGAAAGAAACCAACAAGAAAGACAUUCCCAACAACAUCAACAACAUGUUACUCCCUACCCUAUGGAUCUACCUUAUCACCCAACCUCACAACAUCAACCUGAGUUUGCUGUAGAUCAACCUCUUCGACCAUUCCCUGCUCCACACACUGGCCCUGGGCUUUCAAUGUUGAGCUCAAUAUAUCAUGAUUCAACUGCAGUGCCUCCAAAUGCAGGGACUGGUACUAUUCACGAAGUUCAUAAUCAGCUGCCACCGAGAGGUCAAAAGAUCAAAUCAACAACUCAAUCAGCAACUUAUGCCCCACUUCUUACAUCUCCUAGAUCUCUUCCAGAAAGCACAACACAAGAUGAAACGUCCAAUCCACCAACUGCUGCUCCUUCCAAACAAGUCCAGUCAAGGAAGCAGAGAAAGGCAGAUGGGCCAAGAAUUGUAUCGUUGUCAACCCCAGAACUACCGCAGAGUCUUGCUUUUAAAUGUUUACCUGAAGGUGUGGUUGAGGGCGUCCUUGCCAAGGGUAGGAUAGAGAAAGGUUCUGAGUUCGGACCGUACACAGGAUCGUUGAUGAGUGAAGAACAAGGUUUGAUGAAGGAAUCUACAUGGGAGGUUUGCGUGUCUGGUCAAGUAUUCUUCUACCUCGAUGGACGUAAAACCUGGAUGUCUCAUGUAAGAUGCGCACAGAGUGAAGAAGAACAGAACAUGGAAGCCUAUCAAUUCUAUGGUGAAAUCUACUUCAGAAGCACAAGGAUUAUUGAACCAGGAAGUGAACUUAAGGUCUUCUACAACGCAGAAUAUGCCAAGCGUGUUGGAAUCCAUACUAAAUUGAAUGAACUCCGAUUCAACAAGGAUGCACAGAAAUUUGAAUGCAGCUUGUGCAAGGAUCUGUUCACAUCUGCUAAACUAGUCCUUAGACACACACGAUAUGAACACUCCCGGGUACCAAGGGAAGAACUGUUUCCCAUAGUGAUUUGGAAAAGGAGAAAGCUGAAACAAUCUGAACCUCAGACAUGCACAUCUCUAAAGGAUUCAACGAUAACUAACGUUACCAAAGCGGGAGAUGCUGAAUUCAGUUGUGGAACGUGUGAGAAGUCUUUUUCAAAUGUUGGCAAGCUCAGGGAGCAUGAGUCAUUUCAUAAAUUCAACGAGGGUCACGUGUGUACCAUUUGUGACAAGAAGGAAACAAAUUUCUGGACGCUUGCGAAACACAUGAAGACGCACGAACCAGAGGGGAUGAAGUUCAAGUGCAAGGAAUGUAAUCAAAUCUACAACAGGAAGUCUGCACUGCGACAGCACCUGAGUGAGUUCCACGGUCAUCGGUGCCGCAUCUGUUUGGCCAAGCUGACGCCUUGUGAGAAACACAAGAAAACACAGCAAGCUUCAACCAAGAAUGGACCUCACGCAGGAAAGACAUUGGUGGUGUCUUCAGCCCCUGAAGAACCCAAGGAUAUGCUUGGCAAAACCACCAAUUACUACGAACGUCCUUUUAAGUGUCGAUAUUGUUCAAAUCGGUACAGUACUCGCAAUAGUGUGAAGGCGCACGAGAGAGAGCAGCACACCGGCGAUCUCUUCUUCAAGUGCCCUCAUUGUGAAAAGGUCUUUGGUCGGGAGUACCGGCUUAUAGAUCAUCUGCGAACCCAUGAGGAGAAUCGUAUGUAUCGCUGCACUCUCUGUCCCAGAACCUUCGCAUCGGAGAGCGCCCUCAACAACCACCAAGGUGAACAUAAUGGAUUGAAACCUUUCAAGUGUGAAAUCUGCGGCCGUGGAUUCCGGCUGAAGAGUGUUUAUCAUGCUCAUAAGCGGCGUAUGCAUCGGGAGAAUCCUCUGCGUUUCUUCUGCUCUGUCUGCAACAAAGGAUUUUCAAACAAGGGGAAUUUCACGAUACAUGAACGUCGUCAUAAAGGCAUCCGACCUUUUGUCUGCUUAGAAUGUGGGAAAAGUUUCACGGCAAAGCAUUGUCUUAACACUCACAUUAAGGCAAUGCAUACAGAGGAGAAAGCGUUUUCAUGUAACAUCUGUGGAAAGACUUUCUCGUUAAAUCAGAACUAUACGUAUCACAUGUUCAAACAUAAAGAACAGGGAGAUGUAAGCAGUACGAAAGCAUAGAUGAAUGUACAUAAAAGCAGCAAAUAUUUAAGAAAUAGAUAUAUUGUAAGCAAUCGUGAUUUUAGGGCUUUUUUGCUGACUUACAUGUAAAAACAAUUUGACAACUGAAUAUUGUAUCAUUCAAAUCAGUCUAGGCUAGCAAAUAAGUUAGGCAGAUCUGGUAUUGAUCACUUGUAUGUAUGCGGCAGCAUAGUGAAAUCUUUGCCUCCACCAUUGCCAAAUUUGAAUAUAUCAUGCAUAUUUUAACUCUGAAAUUUUCAAAUGAUUGGGAAUGCAUUAUGCAAUUGUUUCGUAACUCUUGAAUAGAUUUUAUUGUACACUAUGCUUUAGGGGCAUGUCUGAUAUUUGUAUCUAGAGUAAAGAAAAGCAGUGCAAUGGACGAUCUGUAAAUGAACUCAAGUGAAAUUAUGAUCAAUAAUGAAUAUGAUGGUUCCUAAUUCUAGAGCACCUUUUCCUUAAGAUGCAAAGUAAUUUGAGAUGGCAUCCCAGGGGGGUGUUUCACAAAGAUUUAAUUAUGACUUAAAUCGCACUUAAAUGCUGACGCGUAUCUGAAACGCAACGCGCAAUCUAAUUGAUCAAUAAACAGUAGUGCACAUAAUCUUGGCAUGAUCUGACCGAUGCAGUUGUGCCUUUUAUAACGCACGCAACUAGGCAUAAAGUGCGACUCAAAGUCAUACUUAAAUCUUUGUGAAACACCCCCCUGAACAGCAUAGGAUAUAGAAUAUACAUGUAUACAAAUUACCAGGCGCUGAUAUAAGAUGUUAGUAGGCUAUUAUUCUCUCUCAAGUCCAAUGCAUACAUGAUCAGGAUAUUAGAAAAGGUUGGUAAGGAUUCAAGAUGAGGAGGGACCUUAUUCCACAGACUGGGGCCUAUAUUACAAAGAGUUGCAAUUGAUCUGAUCAAUCGCAUCAAUGGAAAGCCAGCAAAG